AUGGACCGUGUUUCUGGUCUCCCUGAGCCGCCUCGAUCAGAACCUCUCCUGCCUCCCUCGUCCCAGGAAAUUCCCUCCUCCCCGCCUUCUGUUAUAUCUGAAGCUGGCGGUGGACGACGACCUAGGAAGCCCCCCACAGUCACGCCUCGGUCCUUUAGACGUUUUUUUACUCCCCGUUCCCUGCUCAACAGCGGUAAUGCGAGCGGUGUCAAGACUAGUCGCCAGGCUUUGAGGGCUCUAACUUCGCCAGCUGUCAACCGUCUUGGACCCGCAUUUACGAGAUCUUCCAAGGCUGGCAGUCCCAGCAGCCCUCACCACGGCUUAUCGGAGGAUGUUCCUCGAACUCCGAGCAGGAAAAGAAAACAUUCAUUCUCUUCGGUGGUCUCCCCACUACAAUCAUCGCCUUUGAAAAAAGUUCGUGUGCGAUCACCGGUUGGCGACGAUGUGGAGCAGAGGACGACCAUUCGCGAUAUUGAUUUGACCUCCACCCGAGGACGCUUUCGAGAACCUACGCCAUCAAGCCCACCUAAACGUCGACCUGUCUCUCCAAUCAGCCGCUCUCGAGCUUUGCAAACGUCUGGUUCAUUGUUUAUGCGCACUGUACAAGGCUCGCGAGCCGGCCGAAUGAUUCUCCGAUCUACUGCUGGAGCCAGCUGGCAAGAUCUUACAUCCAACUUCCAUUCGCGACCGGAAGACCGUCACUCAUGUACCAGCUAUGCUGCGGAUGGGCAGAUAGCACUUCCGUUCUGCAAUGCCUCUUGCAACACCAAUUCACUCGUUGCUGUGGGCGAUGAGGAAGGCGGAAUUCGUCUGUUGGACUCCUCCAAAGACGAUGAACGUGGUUUCUCUAGUGCCUAUCUCGGUUUUCGUCCUCACAUGAACUCAAUUAUGGACCUCGAGUUCUCUUCCGACGAUAUGCUUCUAGCAACAGCUUCCGGAGAUCAAACAUCCAUGGUCAUUGACAUGACUACGCAACGGCCAGUUCACUGCUUGUCUAAUCACAACUCGUCAGUCAAGCGCGUUCAGUUUCAACCACGCUCCAACAAUAAUGUCCUUGCAACCUGCAGUCGGGAUGGUAAUGUCAAUAUUUGGGACCUUCGUUGCAAGGGAUUCGAGCGCCCGGCCCUGCAAGUCAGAUGCUCGCUGGAAUCGGAGGACGAAACCAACCCUGCGCCUCCCAAGAUGACCUAUCCUCAGGUUCUUAACACCAUUCACGGUGCGCAUGCAUUCAGUACACCUCAGAAGGCAAUGAUGGACAAGGCCGAAGCUCCUCCAUUCGGUCGUUCCGACAUAACUAACCUUUUCGUGACAGCCUCGGAGGCCAGCGCCAGUGUUCGCCUCUGGGAUUUGCGCACGGCACACAACAACCGUCGUGGUCGACCUGUCCUCCCACUUUCUACCACCAGAGAGCCCGACAGCCACAUCAAGUAUCGCCGGUUUGGUCUCACUUCGAUGGCUUUUGGUGGUGACGGCGCACGAUUAUACACUCUCUGCCGAGAUGGUACUUGCUCGGGCAUGCACCUGAAGCUUUCCCAGAACCACAACCGUCCCCGACGCUCUGGUGGUUCUGACAAGGAGGGUCUAGGCCCCUUGUAUGGGUUCCGUCACCCACGACUCCAGGUUUCCUCCUUCUAUGUCAAACUAGCGCUGCGAAAAGCAUCGGCAGCAGCGACCACUGUCCCAUACUCUUCCCCUACCGAUGAACGAUUCUUACAGCCCCCUGUCAAGACAAUGCCUGAUGAUCUCCCUGUGACACGAACCUCCCUCUUCACCACCCGGUCAGGACUGCGCCGAACAAACUCCAGCGCUGGCCUAUCAGGCCGUCUUGAAGAUACCAUCCCAAUCCACCACUCCGGCACGCCCCUUACCGAAGGCCACCAGAAAGAAGUCACGGGCAUGUCCUGGACAGUUGACGGUGAAUUGAUCACAGUCAGCGACGAUUAUAGCGCUCGAUGCUGGCGUGAAGGUCCCGAGGCCCGCGAACUCCGAAGUAACAGCAAAAAGGAUGGUCGGGGCUGGCAGUGUGGAUGGGCCUCUACGAAGGACUCAUACGAUGAUGAAGACGAAUGA